AUGAACGACGAAUUACUCCAUCUUGGUGAAACUUCUCUCAAUAAGUAUUUAGCCCGAAUUAUUCCUGAUUAUACUACGGCCAAAAAUGAACUUGAAAUACUUAUCACUAACAUGCCCCAAAAACACUCACUAGCCAACUACAUCUUUAAUGAACUUGCUAAGGAAGGCAUUUCCACCGAAGAAAUCACCGCACAUGAAAUAGAAAUCCUUAAGAAUGCUUCUUCCGACUACUUCCUCUUAACCAACGCGAUUCUUUACUUAGAACGAAGAUGGAACACCCAAAUAGUCACCGAAAUCAUUCAAAGUUCCCUUUCAGCACACCAAGCCUCACUUCUACUAAGUUUAGUCAUUGACCCCAAAGAAGAAGCAGUUGAAAACCCAUGCAAUAUCACACCAUUCUCUUUAACUCUCCCCGCCGAUUUCACUGGAGUAGAAGAAGUCCACCAAAUUCUCAUGCACCUUAGCAGCCAAGACUACCUUAACUCUUUCCGUGAUACUUUUACAGCGUACAAAACCAUCCAAGCCUACGGCCUCAACCCAACUCUAGCUACCAUCGAACUAUUCAACCUAAGCAAGCACGAAGGCAUUGGUUUCAAAGACAUUCUUGCUGCUAUCAUUCUUGGGUUAGCCCGUCCUACUCCUAAUCUUCUCUACUACUGCAACCUCUUUAUCAAAAUGUACAAGAAGAACAAAACCAUUCUUCCUUCUUUCCUACACGUUCUAAUUACCAUGUUUAAUCAUUCUGAUCCUUUCUGGCCACAAAUACAAGCCAUUAUCCCCCAUCUCUACCUCAAUCUCCCUCGUGAAAGAGAAGUUCUCUACCCUCUCCUAACUGUCCUCAGUCCCAAACAAGCUCUUUUCCUCUACGAGUCAUUCAACGGCCGCCUUCCCCAGCUAGAAAUCUUUGAUCCAUUCACCACCGCUCGCCAAACCAUUCCUUCCUCCAACAUCCGUACUCUUACUCGUUCUCUUCUUAACAUCCCCGAAGACCAAACUUACCAUCUCCCAAGCACUACCACAAACACUACCACUACACCAAUCCCACCCCAAUCUUCUACCACUACAACACCUACAUUUACUCCCCAAACCAGCCUUUCCCAAAUCCAAGAGCACCUGGAUGCCUUCUUCCACUUCUUCCUUACCAAAACCGCGCCAUCCUUUACUCACUUCAACAACACUCUCCUGGAGUACAAAGCCCUUUUCAAAACUCUCACCUCCGACCAAGUCCAGCAAUUCACCACAGCCCUCCUUUCCACCACUAACUCCCUUACCUACAAAGAACUUGCCACCCACCGCCUCUACUCCCUCCUUGUCCUCAAUGUAGCCUAA